AUGGAAUCAAUCUCUAUGAUGGGAAGUCCUAAGAACCUCAAUGAAACUUUCCUACCAAAUGUUGCCAAUGGCAUCAAGGAUGCCAGUAAGACCACAAUAGGCAUCAUUGGAAGUGGAGACUUUGCUAAGUCAUUGACAAUUAGGCUUAUCAGAUGCGGGUACCACGUGGUUGUAGGAAGCAGAAACCCUAAACUUGCUGCCGAGUUCUUUCCCCAUGUGGUUGAUGUCACUCACUAUGAAGAUGCAGUAGCAAAAACAAACAUCAUUUUUGUAGCCAUACACAGAGAACAUUAUGCCUCUUUGUGGGACCUCAAGCAUUUACUUGCUGGUAAAAUUCUGAUUGAUGUCAGCAAUAAUACAAGAGUAGACCAAUAUCCAGACUCCAAUGCAGAGUAUUUGGCAUCACUUUUCCCAGAUUCCCUGAUUGUCAAAGGAUUCAAUGUUGUUUCAGCUUGGUCACUGCAGUUAGGACCAAAGGAUGCCAGCAGACAGGUCUAUAUAUGCAGUAACAAUGUUCAGGCUCGCCAUCAAGUUAUUGAGCUUGCCCGUCAGCUCAGUUUUAUUCCUAUUGAUUUGGGGGCAUUGUCAUCUUCAAGGGAGAUUGAAAACUUACCUCUGCGACUGUUCACACUGUGGAAGGGGCCUGUGGUGAUUGCCAUUAGCCUGGCAACGUUUUUCUUCAUCUAUUCCUUCAUCAGAGAUGUAAUCCAUCCAUACAUGAGAAAUCAGCAGAGUGACUUUUACAAGAUCCCCAUCGAGAUCGUGAACAAGACUCUACCAAUUGUUGCUAUCACUUUACUUUCUCUAGUGUAUUUAUCAGGACUUCUUGCAGCUGCUUAUCAGCUCUACUAUGGUACUAAGUAUAGGCGAUUUCCACCUUGGCUGGACAACUGGCUCCAGUGUCGAAAGCAGCUUGGACUGCUCAGUUUUUUCUUUGCAGCAGUGCAUGUGGCAUACAGCCUCUGCUUACCUAUGAGGAGAUCGGAGCGAUACUUGUUCCUCAAUAUGGCAUAUCAACAGGUUCAUGCAAAUGUUGAAAAUUCUUGGAAUGAGGAAGAAGUGUGGCGAAUUGAAAUGUAUAUCUCCUUUGGAAUAAUGAGUCUUGGAUUGCUUUCUUUGCUGGCAGUAACUUCCAUCCCUUCAGUAAACAGUGCCUUAAACUGGAGGGAGUUCAGUUUUAUUCAGUCUACACUUGGAUACGUUGCUCUGCUCAUAAGUACUUUCCAUGUACUGAUUUACGGAUGGAAAAGAGCUUUUGAAGAAGAGUAUUACAGAUUUUAUACACCACCAAAUUUUGUUCUUGCCCUUGUUCUGCCUUCCAUUGUAAUUCUAGGUAAGAUCAUUUUACUUUUGCCAUGUGUAAGUAGGAAACUGAGGAGAAUUCGAAGAGGAUGGGAGAAAAGCCAUGUUACAGAAGAAGCAAGUGGGUCAGUUCCUCAUCUCUCCCCGGAAAGGAUAACUGUGAUGUGA